CCCCCAAACCACCCACUCCAUCCAUCCUGUCGCUAAACAGCUCGACGUGCGCGCUCCCGCGAGCAAGCUGACCUGUUGGAAAUGUUGCGAGGAGCCCACAAGACCUGAACCGGGUCCGACACUGACGGAACAUUUAGUAAAGAAAAAAACCAAGGUUGGAUACUUUCUUAUAUAACCACUUCUUCUUUGAAGCAGGAGGUUCCCUGGCUAGGGCAGGAGCUGCCAUGCCAUUUGGUUGUCUGACGCUCGGGGAAAAGAAGGAUUACAACAAUCCCUCGGAAGUCAGCGACAAAUAUGACCUGGGACAAGUUGUGAAAUCAGAGGAGUUUUGCGAGAUAUUCCGGGCCAAGGACAGGAACACGAUGAAAAUGUACACCUGCAAAAAGUUCAACAAAAAGGACGGCCGGAACGUGAGGAAAGCCGCUAAGAAUGAAAUAAUGAUCCUGAAAAUGAUAAAACAUCACAACAUCCUCCAGCUGAUUGAUGCUUUUGAAACGAAGAAAGAGUACUUUAUUUUCCUGGAGCUCGCCACAGGCAGAGAGGUCUUUGACUGGAUCCUGGAUCAGGGCUACUACUCGGAGAGGGACACCAGCAACGUAAUGAGGCAGGUGCUGGAGGCCGUGGCGUACCUGCACUCUCUGAAUAUUGUCCACAGAAAUCUAAAGCUGGAAAACCUUGUCUACUUUAAUCGCUUGAAACACUCCAAAAUUGUUAUCAGUGACUUCCAGCUGGCAAAACUGGAAAACAGACUCAUCAAGGAUCCGUGUGGGACUCCGGAGUACCUUGCUCCUGAGGUUGUUGGUAGGCAGCGAUAUGGAAGACCUGUGGACUGCUGGGCGAUAGGAGUCAUCAUGUACAUACUUUUGUCCGGGAACCCUCCUUUCUACGAUGACACCGAAGAAGAUGACCCCGACAGUCGGGACAAGAACCUUUUCCUGAAGAUCUUGUCGGGGGACUACGAAUUUGAUUCACCGUAUUGGGAUGACAUUUCAGAUUCUGCCAAGAAUCUGGUGGCGUCUUUGAUGGAGGUGGACCAGGACCAGCGACUGACUGCUCAGGAGGCCAUUGCCCAUGAAUGGAUUUCUGGGAAUGCUGCCUCGGAUAAGAACAUCAAAGAUGGAGUUUGUGCACAAAUAGAGAAGAACUUUGCCAAAGCAAAGUGGAAGAAAGCUGUCAGAGUGACCACCCUCAUGAAAAGGCUUCGGGCGUCUGAGCAGGGGGAUUCUGGAGCCUCCGAUCCUGCUGUUGGUGCCGGUGCCGGUGCUGGUGCCGGUGCCGGUGUCGUCACCGCCGCUCCAGCUGGCAGCAGCGGUGGCCUUGCUGCCAGCUUAAAGGCAGCUCUUAGUGCAAAUGCUCCUGACACACAAACUGACGCCACAUCUGCGCCCACUCAGCCAAGUGCAGCCAGACAGGAAGACAAGCCGGACGAAGGGUGCAACGGCGACGCUCUCUAGAGGAAAACGAGGAGGCACUCAGAGAUUGAACACAAGUUUCAACUAACAAGCACAUGAGCAGUACGGUCAUGAUGGUUUGCAUAAACAUGCAGUGUUUACGGUGUCUGAGUAUCUGACUGUAUGUCACGCAUUUCAUCAUUACUGAUUGGUCGGCAGUAUUCUCCACCCUCUCCUUAUUUUGUGUGUAAGUCCCUUUAAAACUAGGUAAGAGUAGCUCUGUUUGUGUUCCUUUUCCAUGAAUAACUGUACAAAAGGCGUAGUGUCAUUUAGUGAACUCAGUUCACCUUUAAUCAUUGACUGACUGUAUGUAUAUGUACUGUAUAUAAUAUAAUAUGUAUUUGUUUCAACCAAUGGCUAAUGCAGAUCUUACAGUCUUGAGUUCAUGACGUCAAGGAAAAGUGCACUUUUGGGGGGAAUUUUGCCCAUCAUCCACAAUCCUUUUGUGAGACGUGAACACAGGUCUUUCUCUUUUCUGUGUGUUCUAAAGAUUUAAAAACAGAUAAAAAGAGGCAGCUAAUUAUGGCGUACACUUGUUCCGCCAAGAAAGGCCUCUAUUAAAACACCUCCAAAAACCCCCCACAUGGUUUUAUGGUUUUAUAUCCAUGCUGUGAGCAUGUAGUAACAGCUACAUUCAUGAUGACAUGUAAUACUUACAGUAAUUUGCUCAUUGUAAGCAUUAGCGGAACUUCCUUCCUGGGUGCAUUGAUUUCACAUAGCAACAUAGAAAGGUGCACUACACCUAGCGUUAACUUUUCCAAACACAAAAACUGUAGCAGUGGCGGGAGGUCCAACACGUAGCGUUACCUUUCGCUACUGGCCUAAGGCAUUGUGAGUAAGUGUGUGGUGAAGCUAGCAGCUAGCCGGCGAGGUGUCACUACGCCAGUAACGUAGGUCUUGGGCGUAACACUGUUAAUAACAACAAUAAUAACAAUUGUCGCUGUAGCUUGGUUUGUAUGCACAUUGUGGCACAUGGCAGAGUAUGGGUGGAAAUUUUUUUCAAACUGCCAAAAAAUUUAAAUCCCAGGAACAUUCCCGUGUGGACAGGACCAGGUUUUUUUAGAGGGCUUUAUAGGUGGAAUAGACGUGUCUUAUUAUGUGCAUUGUUAGCUGCCUCAUGUUAGCUGUUUUUCACUCUUUGGAACGCACAGAAAAGGGAAAGACGGGUGUUCAUGUUUCACAUCUUGUUGGAUUGUGGAUGAUGGGCAAAAUACCAAAAAAUGUGCAGUUUUCCGUGUCAAAAGCAAAAUGUAUUGAUUUUUAGUUCCUACAUUAAACGACUAUCCACACGGAAAAGGUUUGCAGGUCAAAACAGCUCGUCAUCCACACGGAAACGGCGUUCUGGGUGCCCUGAAACAGCAUUUUUUUGGAAACCUUAAAAAUCUUAAAAUGCCGGCUUGUCGUUUCCGUGCGUUUACUAAUUCGGCACAGAGUGGGCGCAAAUUUUUCAACCCACCCCCCCCCCAAAAAAUCCCAGGGACGUUUCUGUGUGGACAGGGCCGGGGUCUUGGGUGAACAGAAAACGCCACAAAAUAUCCAGAAAAUCUGUUUUUCAAGGAGUAGGGGAGGCCCCAACCGUAUGAUAUUGUCUGAGGGGAGGCCACUCUUUGUAUAGCCCAUAGUCAACUGUGUCACACCGUAGCUAAUGAAUAAUAUAUUUCACAGCUAUCACAUACUAAUAACAUCACACUUGAUUGGCUCAAGUGCAGUGGCAGCGAGAAAGCUUUUUUUUCAUUUUUAGUUGAAGUGCCUUAAUAUUUUUUGCAGUAACUAAAUGUUUCAGACGAAACAGCUCCAUUUUUAAGACGACCUAUUUAUUUCUUUGAAAUGUUUUAGCUGCUUCACUUUGCUCUUCUUUUUAGAGUCUAUUAUUAUUAUUAUUAUUAUUAUUAUUAUUAUUAUUAUUAUUAUUAUUAUUAUUAUUCAGUCUUCUCCAUUUUCAUGCUGAACUUGUGAUGAUAUUAAGAUUAAAGACGCUCUGCAUGGAGUAUUGUUUUAGCUGUGUUGCUGUUGUGCUGUCAAACGUAGGUUUUAAUCAUUCCUUGACCUGUUUCGCUAUGUACCACGAUGUACUGUAUAUCUGCAUUGUGUAGAUGUGCUAUGUUUUGUGUGUGCAGUUGGCAACAUUUAGCUGAGCUAACAGGUUGCUACAACGCCGCUUAAGAGAGAAUAAA